GUAGGCAAAUAUUUCUUAUCGUCAUGGACAGGCCGGCACUUGGUAGAAGUAGGCUAUGGCUAAUUUAAGACAACUAUACAUUUUAUACAGUUUGCGUUUGACUAUUUAACCUUCAGGCCUAACAAUCUACAUGGGAAUUUUGCGCUGUCAUUCAAAAUACGUGCUCUGAACAUGACAGUUCCUCACCUGCCAAUCCAAAAAUUCCUACGCAUUGCGUGUGAGAAAACAAAUAUUGCAUUAUAAAUUCAGUCAUCACUACCAAACAACAGGAUUGUAGAGCCUGCCAACAUGUCACUGUGUGAGACUGAAGGACCAUUGCUGCUGGACCUGAGCUGCCCUAUCUGUCUGCAACUCCUCUCUGACCCCAAGUCCCUGCCCUGCAGCCACGUCUACUGCUUGGCCUGCCUUGGGAAGUACAUGGACACUGACAUGGCCAGCCACUUCUGCCCUGAGUGCCAGGGCGAGUUCCAGGUCUCCCAGGCACUUGGGAAUAACUUCAAGAUGUGCAGCAUCACCGAGAGCUAUGAAGCCACCACUGCAGGAAAGGUCAGCUCCGUCACAGAUGGAGAUGGUGGUGAUUGCCACCAAGGGGUAGUGUCACCUGACCAGAGCAAUGGUGAGACGUCUGAGUGUCUAUUAGACAUAGAGCAACAGGAGCCACAUCAUACAGGGAAGGAGGCAUCUGAGACAGGCUUGGGAGAUACGUCUGCAGUGUCCGCUACUCCUCAGAAGGAAGAACUGCUGGUGGAUGUAAGGACCGAGACGGAGACGGCGAUGAUGGACAAGUCUAAACUACUAUUAGCAUCUCAGGUAACGGAGCUGACGCUGAGGCUUCAGUUGGCUGAGGAUCGACUGAGGGAGGAGGAGGCGAGGGAGGCCGAGGUCAUGACCACCAACGCCCUGUUGAGAAAAAGGGCGGCCAAGCUGCUAGAGCAGAUGACGGAGCUGACUCUCAACUAUGUUAGUGGGAUGACGGAGUUGAUCGAGAUGGAACUGCGUCCCAGUGAGGAGAGCAUGGGCGGACGUGUGUGCCAAGCCUCUGAGCUCAGGGAGAAGUUGAGAGAGGCCCAGCUUCGAGCCAAAUCACUCCUGACCGAGCAAGACAGUGGGGUGUUCAGUGACGGGCUUCAGGCGGAACAACCGCACAUCAUGAGGCUGAUGGUCCAGAAACCUCUAGAGGAGUUGGACAACAAGUCAAAAGUGAACCCGGGCCGUGCUUGCGCUGAGCUGGAACGGAGGAGUGCGGAGUUAAGGGCAGGAGUCGGGGUGGCCCAGCGCUCUCUGCACUGCGUCCUCAACCCCUCAGAGGUGACCUUUGACCUAGACACGGCCCACCCCAGCCUGGUCCUGUCAGAGGACCUGAAGACGGUGACCUUCAGCACCACAAAGCAGCCCUACCCGGCCCUGCCAACGAGGUUCAGUAGCUUCCUCCAGGUUCUGAGCACUCAGAGCUUUUGGGGAGGCGAGCAUCGCUGGAAGGUGGAGCUGGACGGAUAUUCUCCGUGGAUAAUUGGGGUGUGCUACAACAAGGCGGUAGCACGCAGCGGGCUAACAAGCGCCCUGGAGAGCAGCCAGGGCUCCUGGUGCCUGAUGUGGUUCAACAACCAGCUGAGGGCAUUCGAACAGAGCCAUGACAUCCCCCUGAAGAGAACCCUGGCAGUACACAGACUGGAGAUCACGUUGAGCUUUAAGACUCAGAGGCUGAGCUUCUAUAACAUCAGCCAAUGCAGUGGGAAGACUCAUGUGUAUACCUUUAAGGCGAACCUCACGGAGCCGGUGCAUCUGGCCUAUAGGAUGAUGUCAGGCCAACCGAAGGCACACAUAACAGUAUGCUCCUGAACUGUCAAUGGAACAAAAGAGAACCACAUACAAGAUUACAUUGACUCUUGUUUUUAUUAAUCCUGUAUUCAUAUCAAACUUUUUUGUUAUUUACAUGUAAUUGUGUUUCAAGUGUUUGUGGAGACAGAGGUGUUUUGGUCUGUGAAUGACAGUAAAGAGAAAGAGUUCUGGUUUACAUCGAAUGACAAAUGACCAAACUAAUUGAUUUCAAAUCAAAUCAAAUGUAUUUAUAUAGCCCUUCGUACAUCAGCUGAUAUCUCAAAGUGCUGUACAGAAACCCAGCCUAAAACCCCAAACAGCAAGCAAUGCAGGUGUAGAAGCACGGUGGCUAGGAAAAACUCCCUAGAAAGGCCAAAACCUAGGAAGAAACCUAGAGAGGAACCAGGCUAUGUGGGGUGGCCAGUCCUCUUCUGGCUGUGCCGGGUGGAGGUUAUAACAGAACAUGGCCAAUAUGUUAAAAUAUUCAUAAAUGACCAGCAUGGUCCAAUAAUAAUAAGGCAGAACAGUUGAAACUGGAGCAGCAGCACGGCCAGGUGGACUGGGGACAGCAAGGAGUCAUCAUGUCAGGUAGUCCUGAGGCAUGGUCCUAAGGCUCAGGUCCUCCGAGAGAGAGAGAGAAAGAAAGAGAGAAUUAGAGAGAGCACACUUACAUUCACACAGGACAUCAAAUAGGACAGGAGAAGUACUCCAGAUAUAACAAACUGACCCUAGCCUCCCGACACAUAAACUACUGCAGCAUAAAUACUGGAGGCUGAGACAGGAGGGGUCAGGAGACACUGUGGCCCCAUCCGAGGACACCCCCGGACAGGGACAAACAGGAAGGAUAUAACCCCACCCACUUUACUAAAGCACAGCCCCCACACCACUAGAGGUAUAUCUUCAACCACAAACUUACCAUCCUGAGACAAGGCUGAGUAUAGCCCACAAAGAUCUCCGCCACGGCACAACCCAAGGGAGGGGGGCGCCAACCCAGACAGGAUGACCACAUCAGUGACUCAACCCACUCAGGUGACGCACCCCUCCCAGGGACGGUAUGAGAGAGCCCCAGUAAGCCAGUGACCCCUGUAAUAGGGUUAGAGGCAGAGAAUCCCAGUGGAAAGAGGGGAACCGGCCAGGCAGAGAUAGCAAGGGCGGUUCGUUGCUCCAGAGCCUUUCCGUUCACCUUCCCACUCCUGGGCCAGACUACACUCAAUCAUAUGACCCACUGAAGAGAUGAGUCUUCAGUAAAGACUUAAAGGUUCAGACCGAGUUUGCGUCUCUGACAUGGGUAGGCAGACCGUUCCAUAAAAAUGGAGCUCUAUAGGAGAAAGCCCUGCCUCCAGCUGUUUGCUUAGGAAUUCAACAAUUAGGAGCCCUGCGUCUUGUGACCGUAGCGUACGUGUAGGUAUGUACGGCAGGACCAAAUCAGAGAGAUAGGUAGGAGCAAGCCCAUGUAAUGCUUUGUAGGUUAGCAGUAAAACCUUGAAAUCCGCCCUUGCUUUGACAGGAAGCCAGUGUAGGGAGGCUAGCACUGGAGUAAUAUGAUCAAAUUAUUUGGUUCUAGUCAGGAUUCUAGCAGCCGUAUUUAGCACUAACUGAAGUUUAUUUAGUGCUUUAUCCGGGUAGCCGGAAAGUAGAGCAUUGCAGUAGUCUAACCUAGAAGUGACAAAAGCAUGGAUUAAUUAUUCUGCAUCAUUUUUGGACAGAAAGUUUCUGAUUUUUGCAAUAUUAUGUAGAUGGAAAAAAAGCUGUCCUUGAAAUGGUCUUGAUAUGUUCUUCAAAAGAGAGAUCAGGGUCCAGAGUAACGCCGAGGUCCUUCACAGUUUUAUUUGAGACGACUGUACAACCAUUAAGAUUAAUUGUCAGAUUCAACAGAAGAUCUCUUUGUUUCUUGGGACCUAGAACAAGCAUCUCUGUUUUGCCCGAGUUUAAAAGUAGAAAGUUUGCAGCCAUCCACUUCCUUAUGUCUGAAACACAUGCUUCUAGCGAGGGCAAUUUUGGGGCUUCACCAUGUUUCAUUGAAAUGUACAGCAGUGUGUCAUCCACAUAGCAGUGAAAGUUAACAUUAUGUUUUCGAAUGACAUCCCCAAGCGGAAAAAUAUAUAGUGAAAACAAUAGUGGUCCUAAAACGGAACCUUGAGGAACACCGAAAUUUACAGUUGAUUUGUCAGAGGACAAACCAUUCACAGAGACAAACUGAUAUCUUUCCGACAGAUAAGAUCUAAACCAGGCCAGAACUUGUCCGUGUAGACCAAUUUGGGUUUCCAAUCUCUCCAAAAGAAUGUGGUGAUCGAUGGUAUCAAAAGCAGCACUAAGGUCUCGGAGCACGAGGACAGAUGCAGAGCCUCGGUCUGAUGCCAUUAAAAGGUAAUUUACCACCUUAACAAGUGCAGUCUCAGUGCUAUGAUGGGGUCUAAAACCAGACUGAAGCAUUUCGUAUACAUUGUUUGUCUUCAGGAAGGCGGUGAGUCAGGAAGGCGGCGCAACAGCCUUUUCUAACAUUUGUGAGAGGAAUGGAAGAUUCGAUAUAGGCCGAUAGUUUUUUAUAUUUUCUGGGUCAAGGUUUGGCUUUUUCAAGAGAGGCUUUAUUACUGCCACUUUUAGUGAGUUUGGUACACAUCCGGUGGAUAGAGAGCCGUUUAUUAUGUUCAACAUAAUAAUAACAUUUCCCAACAUGAUUUACAAAUCUCCAACAAAUAUGCCCUUGUUCUUCAAUGAAUGUAUGUUUUUGUCAAUAAAGAAACGGUUUGGGACAAUACAUUGAUGAUAUGUCAAACCAAUGACUGUAUACAGUUGCUAGUGAAAGCCUACACAGUCUUCACAUUUUACUGCCUUAAAAUUAAAUCUCAGAAGAGAAUACAUUUGACAUUUUUCCUACCGAUCUACACAACCAACUCAACAUUUCCAAAGUUAAAGAAUAAUUCUAGAAUAUUUUCCAAAUUAAUACGAAAAACAAAGAUGUCUUGAUUGUGUUUGAACAGAUUUUGGAGGGAAUAAACCCUCUCACAUGGUCCUCUC